AUCACCAAACAUAGCAAAGCAGUAGCAGUAACGAUCAGUUUAGCAGCAGCUGCGACAAUUGUUCUCAUAACGAUCGCCAUUGCUAUUGGCGCUGUUGUGCAAUGCUCUCUAUGCUACGAUCAGUUUUUACCCGAAAGUACCGUACUGUAA